AUGGCCGCCGCGGGGGGCGCCCGGCUCCUGCGCGCCGCCUCCGUGGCCCUGGGCGGCGCGGCCUAUCGUUGGCUGCUCCACGCCAGACCCCGCGCGGGAGCCGGCUGCCUCGCGGGGCUCGGGGGGCCGGGCCGGGGCGGCGGCGCGGUGGCGCCCCGGACGCUGAGCGUGUCGGCGCCGGCGCGGAGCAGCUCAGAAGAUAAAAUAACAGUCCACUUUGUAAACCGUGAUGGGGAGACAUUGACAGCCAAAGGGAAAGUCGGUGACUCUCUACUAGAUGUUGUGGUUGAGAAUAACCUAGAUAUUGAUGGCUUUGGUGCAUGUGAAGGAACCUUGGCCUGCUCUACAUGUCACCUCAUCUUUGAAGACCACAUAUUUGAGAAGUUAGAUGCUGUCACUGAUGAGGAGAAUGACAUGCUCGAUCUGGCGUAUGGGCUAACGGAUAGAUCUCGGUUGGGCUGCCAAAUCUGUUUGACAAAGUCUAUGGACAAUAUGACCGUUCGAGUACCUGACGUGGUGGCCGAUGCCAGGCAAUCCAUUGAUGUGGGCAAGAACUCCUAA